CCUCAGUUUUUCACCCUCCUUGCAACUUUCCCCGGUUGGUCCCUGCCUUUAAACCGAGUUGAGAAUAUUGCCUCAGACCUGACGAAGUCAGUCUCGUUCAAAAUGGAGUCACACGAUACCGUCCCACUCAUCAUCGACGGUCAAGACAUCCGAUGCUCUCUCCAAGAGAGACAGGGCACCGUUGCCAACCAAUACCCCGGGGGUCCCGUUUUCUACCAGGGUGCUACCAGAGACCUCGCCCUCCAAGCUGCGCAAUCCAGUGCUAGAGCAUUCACAACGUGGUCCAAGACAACCCCCAUUGAGCGUCGAACCCUGUUAUUCAAACUCGCGCAGAUUCUGAGAGACCGGGCCGAUGAGAUCAAAAGCGUGUGUUGUCAGGAAAUCCACUGCGGACCGCUGUGGGCGGACAUCAUCACGAACGACAGCAUUGGUCUGAUUGAAGAGUACGCUGCGCUCACCACCAGUGUGGCAACCGGGUCGAUUCCGUACAUUCAGCAAGGCUAUGGCAUGGUCCUGAAAGAGCCGCUGGGAGUGGUGCUGGGGAUCGCCCCUUGGAAUGCACCGAUCAUCCUGGGUCUUCGGUCGGUAGUGGCCCCUAUUGCGGCAGGAAAUGUCGCCAUCUUGAAGGGCUCCGAGCUUAGCCCGCAUACUCACUACCUCCUGGCCUCCCUGUUCCGCGAGGCUGGCUUCCCACCCGGCGUUCUAAAUUUUCUGCUCCAUCGCCCAGAAGACGCCCCGGAGAUUUUCGACGCUCUCAUCAACCACCCGGCCAUCAAGAAAUGUAACUUUACCGGCUCGACGCAGGUCGGCCGGAUAAUUGCAUCCCAGGCCGCCAUGGCACUUAAGCCGGUGUUGUUGGAGCUCGGAGGCAAGAACUUCACGGUAGUGCUUGACGAUGCUGAUCUGGACCUGGCGGCCAGAGAGAUUACGAAAGGCGCCUUUCUCAAUAACGGUCAAAUCUGCAUGUCCACGGAUAUGGUCUUGGCCACGACUGCGGUGGCUCCGGCUCUCGAGGCGAAGAUUCUGGCCAUCCUGCAUGAGAUCGAGACAGCACCGAUGGUCAUCUCUCCGGCUGCGAAAGCCAAGUUGCAGAUGCUGGUGUCCGACGCACAGGACAAGGGCGCUGGAAUCCACACUGCCUCUAGGGCCGUUGGCCAUACCCCGCAGAGCUUUCCUCCGACCGUGGUAACAGGAUUGACUCCGGAAAUGAAACUGUACGAGAUUGAGUCCUUUGGGCCGGUCGUUGGGAUCGUUUCACUGGAGACCGAAGAACAGAUUGUCUCUGUGAUCCAGGAAGCCAAGUACGGCUUGUCUAGUUCGAUUAUCUCGAGAAACCACUAUCGCGCUCUGGAACUCGCGGGAUCUAUCAAGGCCGGGGCGGUGCAUAUCAACUCUAUGACGGUGCAUGAUGAACCGACUUUGCCGCACGGGGGGUACGGCGAUAGCGGAUGGGGUCGGUUCGGCGCUCGGUGGGGGUUAGAAGAAUUUGUCCAGACGAAAGUCGUGACUUUGCAUCCUUAG